AUGGCAGAGGAGGCGAUGGAGAGCUACCUGUACGCUCCAUACCACCCCUACUCCUACCGCUACCCGCCGCCCAAGGGCAAGGUGGGGGGCACGGGCGGCUGGAGGCCGCGGGGCAGCAGCUACUUCUCGGGCUAUGGGGAAGCGGCAGCGGCCGCCGAGUACUUCGACAACUACCAGCGGGCGCAGCUGAAGGCCAUCCUCUCCCAGGUCAACCCCAACCUGACGCCGCGGCUCCGCAAGGCCAACACCAAGGAGGUGGGCGUCCAGGUCAACCCGCGGCAGAACGCCUCGGUGCAGUGCUCGCUCGGGCCCCGCACGCUGCUGCGCCGCCGUCCCGACCCCCCCGGCGGGUCGCGGCACUUGCCGGGAGAGCACGAACCGCCUCAGGAGCAGGGCAGCCCCGCCACCACCAGCACCCGCGCCGUCCGCUUCCCCCGCACCAUGGCCGUCUACUCGCCCAUGGCGUCCCGCAGACUCACCGCCUUCUUGGAGGAGCCGGAGCGGCGGCCGCAGCAGCAGGAGAAGGUGGCGGUGGCCGUCGAGGAAGAGGCGGCCGCGGUGCAGAAACGAGAGGCGGAGGCGGCGGCCGUGCGGGAGAGCUGGGAGAACCCCCCUGAGGGCGCCGCCGAGCCCUUGGAACAGCGUCCGGCUGCGGCCCCGGAGCUGCCGGCGGCAGAGCCCGAGGACAGCCAGGUGGAGAAGAAAGCGUCUGCGCGGGAAGAGGCCGCGGCCGCCCGUCAGAAGCGGGAGCCGGCGGCGAGCAAGACCCGGCUGCGCUUCCAGUUCCUGGAGCAGAAAUACGGCUACUACCACUGCAAGGACUGCAACAUCCGCUGGGAGAGCGCCUACGUCUGGUGCGUCCAGGGCACCAACAAGGUCUAUUUCCGGCAGUUUUGCCGGACCUGCCAGAAGUCCUACAACCCGUACCACGUGGAGGACAUCACCUGCCAGAGCUGCAAGCAGACGCGGUGCACCUGCCCGGUGAAGAUGCGCCACGUGGACCCCAAGCGGCCACACCGCCAGGACCUCUGCGGGAGGUGCAAGGGGAAGCGCCUGUCCUGCGAUAGCACGUUCAGCUUCAAAUACAUCAUCUGAAUCGAUGGCUCUGGU